GACACCUUAAGAUACCUGCGCUACAAAUAACCAAAACAUUCACAAAUGCUUCUCCUAUUCCACAUCGGCUCCCAAACUCUGUAGAUCCUAUACCAAUCAACCUGCAACACAUAUUUAGAGCUUCUUAUUUUUCCAUCUUUUAAAAGAUGUCGCAAUUUUAUUCCUCCCCUCCCCCCAAUAACCCUUACGGCGCAUCCAACACCGCAGCUCAAAACCUCCAAUUCUACCCCUCAACAUACGCUUCCGGUCCCGUCUCCGGUCACGCAACACCACAGGCAGCAUAUGGAGGAUAUGGCGUUCCUCCCGCUGCGCAAGCAUACCCCGGUGCUGGAAGCGGCGGAUUUGGCUUCCCAGGAAAUGGACAAUCGGGGGUUAGUGGGCGGAUGGGAGAGAGUGGUGGACUGAGAACGGGGUGGUUAGCUGCUUUUGGAACUGAGGGCUAUGAUGGUGAACCGCCAUUACUGGAAGAGUUGGGGGUGAAUUUCGGUCAUAUUAGGAGUAAGACAUUGGCAGUGCUGAAUCCCCUUGCGCAUAUCGAUCAACACAUAAUGGACGAUUCUGAUCUCGCGGGACCCAUUCUCUUUUUCCUAUUAUUUGGAACCUUCCUCCUUUUUUCUGGAAAAGUACAUUUCGGAUACAUAUACGGGCUGGCGCUCCUCGGAUCCUCUUCUCUCCACCUAAUCCUCUCGCUCAUGUCACCACCUCUCAACACCGACCCUAAUUCUCAACAACCCGUCGGCCCCUCACAUCUCUCUUCCACCCUCACAUUUCCAAGAAGUGCUAGUGUGCUGGGCUAUUGUUUGUUGCCAUUGGUACUCACGAGCGUAGUGGGAAUUAUUAUGCCAAUGGAUGGACUAGUUGGGUAUGUGUUAACCACAUUGGCGAUUGUGUGGUGUACAUAUAGUAGCAGCGGAAUGUUCUGUGCAGUCGGAAGAAUGAAGGGGAUGCGAGGAUUAGUCGCUUAUCCUCUAGCCUUAUUCUACGUUGGCUUUGGAAUCAUGGGCAUUUUCUCAAGCAGAGGGGUUGGGACAUUAGGAAAGGUUGCGGGAGCAUAAUUACGCAGGAGGAAUCGAAAGAAGAUUUCUAUAUAUCUAGAGGCGCGUGGGAGGGGAGUCGCAAUUUACAAAUGGCACGAGAUGAAAGAGCUCAGUGGUAAUUUAUAUGGUGUAUGGAAUGGUAGGGAACAGGUGGGUUAGGAGGAUGGCAAGGAAUGGGUUGGGUUCUGGGAUCUGUACAAUAGGUUCUUCUUUACUUGUACAGCACAACUCAAAGUAUCCGUUUGAGGGAUAAAAGCAUUAAGGGUGAGUAGCCGAGGCGAAGAAAUGAAUAGACAAAGAACAAAAAUAUAUUCCCUA